AAAGGCGGAGGGCGCCGUUAGACUCCGGGGUGCAGCCCCCCCCCCCCCCCCCGAGCUGUCAGCCAAUGGGAGCCUCCGCAGAUGCUGGCCGCAGAGACGGCUGCACAGAGCGGGACAGACCCGGAGCCCACCGCAGAGUUCGCAGCCAGCGCCGACCGCUCAUCUGGUAACACCUUUCGCAGCGAAAUGGAGAAUAAAGUCACUGAUUUCUCCGGAAAAUGGAGGAUGAAGUCCUCGGAAAACUUCGAGGAGCUUUUGAAAGCGCUGGGUGUGAAUGUGUUCCUGAGGAAGAUCGCCGUGGCGGCAGCCUCCAGCCCGGCCGUGGAAAUCACCCAGCAGGGGGAGAGUCUGUCCAUCAAGACGUCCACCAGUGUCCGCACCACCCACGUCUCCUUCACAGUGGGUCAGUCCUUCAGUGAGGCCACGGUGGAUGGACGUCCCUGCACAAGUUUUCCUAAGUGGGAAACAGACCGAAAGAUCAGCUGUGAACAGACUUCACAGAAAGGAGAUGGGCCCAAAACGGCAUGGACCCGAGAACUUACCAAUGACGGCGAACUCAUCCUGACCAUGACUGCUGGGGAUGUUGUCUGUACCAGAAUUUACGAGAGAGAAUGAAGAACCUUCAGCCAGUGCUGUUAUAUAAUGCUUCUGUGCCUCAUGCAUUUUAGUCGCCUUGUUUUCUUCAUCUUCACCCACCUUCCCAGCCAGUGGGUGCUGACCUGAGAUGACAAACUGCGCAUAAAAGACAAGAUGCCUUAAACUGCAACACCUGUUCACUCGUGUCACAUGUAUGUUGCGUCUCACAUUCCUUAUCAGCGCAUUAUUCCAGUGUCUAAACGCUUUUUAAAGAUGUUAAUAAACCGUUUUGUAGAAAUGUA